CGUCACUGGAAGGGGCGGCGAGAUCAGGGAAGAGAGGACGCGGAUGUAAAAUCAGUCUGCUGGUGAUUAAAAACAAAAAAAGACUGCCAACGACUCCCUGCUUUUGUGUUCCGACUGUGUCUUCUUUGUGGCCGCGAGUGUGCUUCCCACUUUCUCACACUUCGGUGCGUGAAUGAGGAGAAAGAGGCGGAGGUCAGGUGGCAGGCAGGCAGGCAGGAGUCCUUCGGUGGUCGGAUGGAGCCGGUCUGUGUGGCCAUGGGGGAUGUGUCGGUGAAAGCAUCUUCUCGGAACGUGGCCGUGGAAAGGAAGAACCUCAUCACCGUGUGCAGGUUCUCAGUGAAAACCCUUCUGGAGAAAGACACGGCCGAGCCCAUUGAUGACUCAUCGGAGGCGUUCAUCAAUUUUGCGGCCGUUCUGGAGCACAUCCUUUGCCACCGCUUCAAAGGCUCUGGAAGCUGGUUCGAUGGCCAGAGAAGUUUCUGGGACUUCAUCCGAUUGGCUUGUGCCAAAGUGCCCCACAGCUGCAUUCACAGCAUCGAGAGCAUGGAAAACAUCAGCCCCUCACGAGCUAAAGGACGAGCCUGGAUGAGAGUGGCCCUGAUGGAGAAGAGGCUGUCGGAAUAUGUGGCGACUGCCCUGAGGGACAUUAGGACCACGAGGCGAUUCUAUGCAGAUGGUGCCAUCAUGCUAAGAGAAGAAGCCACCGUGCUAACUGGGAUGCUAAUAGGCCUCGGCGCAAUAGACUUCAGUUUUUGUCUCAAAGGGGAAGCCUUGGAUGGCAAAUCCCCUGCAGUUGUUGACUACACGCCAUAUUUGAAAUUCACACAAAGCUACGAUUACGUGAGCGACGACGACGACGACAGCAGCGCGAGUGACGACGACGCCCCCGAGCAUCCGUACGUCCCACUGGUCGGCGACGAGGAGAGCUGGAGCACCAAGUGCCGCAAGAUGGAGCAGAGGUUUAAGAUUAUCAACGCUCAGAAGGGUUACUUAGAGGAGCUGGUGCGUCUGCGCGAAUCCCAGCUGAAGAACACGGAGGUGGAAAACAAAAGGCUGAAAGCCCGCCUGGAAGAGCUCCACGGCCAGAGCCAGCAGGAGAAGAAGGAGCUGGAGGACAUCGUCCUGGAGCUUCAGGAGCAACUAACAAGUUUAAUUCCAUGCGAUGCCAACCACCUGGCCAAAAACCUAACCAUCCCAUUAGUGAACCAAUGGCCUCUGCUUGAACCUUACAGCAGUCAGGAUGACCUCAAGCUCUUCCGCAGGAGGAGUUUCCCCAGCACCGAGCUGCUGUCAGUGGAGAUCAGCCUGGAUUCAGACCCUCCAAGGACGGCGGGGAAGCCGAACGGAGGCGCCUGGUGCACAGAAAAAGCCUACACCCCCUCUCUGAUGGGACUUUGUGGCUCUUUGGGCUCCUUUCCAAGCUGCAAGUCUCUCUCAAGCCUCAAGUCCAGUGAGUGCCUGGUAAACAUCAGCACUGACAACAGUCCUGCACUCUCUCCCAGCUAGGGGGCGCCAAAGCAAACAGACAAUACAGCUUGAAACAAAUUGCUUCCAUGACUUGAUGGACGCUCUGCUUUUGUCCACUCUUUCUUUCUUCACUUUGUCUGUGAAAGAGUGUUGGGUAAAAAAAACAACAAGCUGCUGUACUGCCUCUUAUUAUCAUACGUGUGUCUUCGCUGUCCAUUGUCAAGAGGACACUACUGUUGUCUAAAUGUCUUAUCAGCUUUUCACUUUAUCUCUUUAUCCUGACAGUUGCAUAAAAGUAGCAGUGCAGGCUAGAUGAGCUGGUCACGGCGAUAAAGUAGUGCGAUGAUGUCAAACAAACAAAAAACAUACUUCCUUGACAGUUAGCAAAUAGCCUAGCAUAUUAGAGUCAGACUGAACUGCAGAGACAUAAAGUGUAAACUCAUAAAUACUAACGUGACUAUGCAGGACGAAUGUGUUCAAGUGUGUGUGUGUCCUCAUUUUUUCACCUGCUCUUUUAUUUAUUUCACGACUCAGCAUCACGUUGUCCUGUAAUUGUUGCAGUGAGCGCUAUUAUGGGAUAUGUUGUAGAAUUUUGAAUGCAAUAAACCUGCCUUUUUCUCAACAAUUACACGUUAAUACAGUGUUUACGGGGUAGUCUUUGACUUGUAUUUUUGCAGCAAAUUCCCAAAAGUAGCAUCGAGCUCCUGUCAUUUUGGAAUCUUCGCCAAAGUUUUUUUGCAGUCACAAAUUGAGGAUCUUUGACUAGCUUUAUGUUUUUGCAGUGGAGUGCUUAAUCUGUCAUGGAUUACCUCUGACUACAGUUUCUGCAGUGUGUAUUGCAUGCAUUAUUGACUUUACAGAUAGUUUUAUUAGUUGCCUUCUAUAGACCCAUCACAGUGGGCUGCAGAGGAAAUAAUAUGAACUCAUGAGCAUUAAAGUACACCCACAAUGGUGCUUGGGUUCUGCAGACCAUGGUGUUAUCUUGCAUAUGUGCACAUUUACAGUCACUUUUGAGGUGACUGGGUUGCUUUUAAGGUCAGGGAUGUGCUUAAUAAACGGGCAGGUCAUGUUAUCUUUGCCUCCUUUCACAGUCCCCACCAUUGGCACUCCCUUUCUGCACAGAGUCAGGUCAUUUAUCUCCCACAAUGCACACCACCCCAAACCAGUCCACCCAGA